AAAUAAAACGAGAGAGGAAAAAAAUAGGGUUUUUUAGGGGCAGCUGACCUGCGACUCCAUUUUCUCUAGAACCCUCUUUUCAUCGUCUAUCGAUACCAGUUAAGCUCAUACAUUCGAAAACAACAUCAAAGCCAGUACUUUCUUUACUUCAGCAAUGGCGACCGUCAUGCAGAAAAUCAAAGAUAUCGAAGAUGAGAUGGCAAAGACCCAAAAGAAUAAAGCAACUGCACAUCAUUUGGGCUUGUUGAAGGCUAAGCUUGCAAAACUGAGAAGGGAGCUUUUAACACCUACAACAAAGGGAGGUGGUGGAGCUGGUGAAGGUUUUGAUGUUACAAAAAGUGGAGAUGCAAGGGUUGGUCUUGUGGGUUUUCCCUCUGUUGGAAAAUCAACCCUAUUAAAUAAGUUAACUGGGACUUUUUCAGAGGUUGCUUCAUAUGAGUUUACCACUCUCACAUGCAUUCCAGGUGUUAUUACAUAUCGAGGAGCUAAAAUUCAGUUGUUGGAUCUUCCUGGUAUUAUUGAAGGUGCUAAGGAUGGAAAGGGUAGAGGAAGGCAGGUUAUCAGCACUGCAAGGACAUGCAACUGUAUUCUGAUUGUGCUGGAUGCAAUUAAGCCAAUAACCCACAAACGUCUCAUUGAAAAAGAGCUUGAAGGAUUUGGGAUUAGGUUAAAUAAGGAGCCCCCAAAUCUAACAUUCAGGAAAAAAGAAAAGGGUGGCAUUAAUUUCACAUCAACAGUUGCAAACACACAUUUAGACCUUGAAACAGUAAAGGCAAUAUGUAGUGAAUACAAAAUACAUAAUGCUGAUGUCACCCUUAGGUUUGAUGCAACAGCUGAUGACCUCAUCGAUGUGAUUGAAGGUAGUAGAAUAUACACUCCUUGCAUCUAUGUUGUCAACAAAAUAGAUCAGAUCACACUUGAAGAGCUUCAGAUUUUGGAUAAACUUCCUCACUACUGUCCUGUCAGUGCUCAUUUGGAAUGGAAUCUUGAUGGUUUGCUUGAGAUGAUAUGGGAGUAUCUGAGUUUGACCCGUAUUUAUACAAAACCCAAAGGAAUGAAUCCGGAUUAUGAAGACCCUGUAAUUCUUUCUUCUAAAAGAAAAACUGUUGAGGAUUUUUGCUUCAGGAUUCACAAGGACAUGCUUAAGCAGUUUAAGUAUGCACUGGUGUGGGGUUCUAGUGCAAAACACAAGCCACAAAGGGUUGGCAAGGAACAUGAGCUUGAAGAUGAAGAUGUUGUGCAGAUUAUUAAGAAAGUGUGAGCUUAAAUUAUUAAAAAAAAAAAAAACUAAAUUUUGUUUUCGAUAACUAUUUGUGUACUUUGUAUCGUUUGUGCCUUGUGGUGCAAUAUGAAAUAGAUAAAUGAUUUGAGUAUUGAGAUUUUGUA